CCCGAGCGGUAAGAAGUUCCGGAGCAAGCCCCAGCUGGCACGCUACCUGGGCGGCUCCAUGGAGCUCAGCACCUUCGACUUCCGCACGGGGAAGAUGCUGAUGAGUAAAAUGAACAAGAACAGACAGAGGAUGCGCUACGACUGCUCGAACCAAGCCAAAGGCAAACCUGAUCUGAAUACUGCGCUCCCUGUCAGGCAGACGGCCUCCAUAUUCAAACAGCCCGUCACGAAGAUCACAAACCAUCCCAGCAACAAGGUGAAGAGCGACCCGCAGAAAGCCGUGGAUCAGCCCCGGCAGCUCUUCUGGGAGAAGAAGCUAAGCGGCCUGAACGCUUUCGACAUUGCAGAAGAGCUGGUGAAAACCAUGGACCUUCCCAAAGGUUUGCAAGGGGUUGGCCCUGGUUGCACGGAUGAGACCCUCCUGUCUGCCAUCGCCAGUGCUCUGCACACCAGCACCAUGCCCAUCACCGGGCAGCUCUCUGCCGCCGUGGAGAAGAAUCCUGGAGUCUGGCUCAACACCUCCCAGCCGCUUUGCAAAGCAUUUAUGGUGACAGAUGAAGAUAUUAGGAAGCAGGAGGAGCUGGUGCAGCAGGUGCGCAAGAGGCUGGAGGAGGCCCUCAUGGCUGACAUGCUGGCCCACGUGGAGGAGAUCGCCAGGGACGGGGAGGCCCCGUCCGAGAGGGAAGCAGCUGAGGAAGAAGGCGAAGAGGAGGAGGAGGAGGAGGAGCAGGACCAUGACCAGGAGAUGGAGAAUGUAUAGUCCAGGGAGUUCCAUCUAAGAAUUCCCAGUACAAACCCUCUCAGCAGGGUCAGCACAACAAUUUACAAAGCCAAGAGUGUCUGCGG